AUGACUGUAAUCUCAAAUGAUCCCAGUUGGUUACCGUUGAUCGAUUUGAGUUUUUUUUACAGCUAUUGGAUCGUUGCCGCAGGCAUCGUAGUGGUAUAUGAUUGGGUAUUAACACUCGGACAAGAGAUCGAACUGAUUUGGACGCAACACUGGUCUUUUAUGACGGUGCUGUACCUAGUUGUUCAUACGCUAUGCUGGGAUACCAUAUUCUGUGAUUCUGGGAACCAAUACGUCGGUCCCGUUGACAGAUGCAGGGUGAGUGUGAUUUUACCAUUGGACUUGGCUCGACAUAAUGACUCAAUAGGCAAUAUCAUAAUCUAUGCAGUAAAUGGGACAAAUGUGGUCGUAACUGCCAUGUUGGGCGCCAUCAUGCUUGCUCGGUUGUAUGCCAUGUAUCAGAGAUCUGGCAGGAUGCUUAUCUUCCUCGUUGUAAUCUUCCUGGCUGUAAACACCGCCUGCGGAGUAAUCGUGAUAAUAGCAUACAAGUAUUAUAUUGGUGGAGCGGAGGAACUAAUACUCUCUGGCAUUCAUAUGUGCGCUGACGGAUCUGAUGAAGUUCUUACAUCAAUGAUCUGGAUGCUCAACACUAUUUGGGAGAUCCUCGCACUGUGUCUUUCAGUCUGGAUCGCUGCGAAGCACUUCCGUGACCUGCGACGACUCAACCCAUUGACAGGAUCGACCAUGGGGGACUGCUUCAGAGUGCUGACGGAAUCUCACGUGCUUUAUUUUGCAAGCUUUGCUGGUGUCUCUUGCCUCCAGCUUAUUGAUACCUCUCCAGAGCUCGAGAAUUUGAAUUACAUCGGAGUUGAGAUACUCUUUGGUGCUAUGAAUAUUUUAUUGUCCGUGCAGAUGUUUCUGCUGGGACCACGCCUCAUUCUUAGUGUUCGACAAUUUAACGCUAAACUCGUGGCCGAAUCCGACGCAGAAACUAGCAUGAAUUCAAUCGUCUUCCAGGAGCAUGUGCAUGUACCAACUAGCAGCACUGUCUAG